UCAUUUUGCCCAACCGGCAGGUUUCGGAAAUCCAAAGACUGUCUUACCCAGCUAACAGUAUUCCCAGAAACCUGACUUUAUUUCAACACAAGAUCAGCCCCGGGUCAAGCAGCACUCUGCCAAGAGCAUUAAUACCGCUGGUCAAAGUCGGAGCCAGGAUCAAACACCAGGGCUGCCAGGCCUGUGGUGCAUUUUUUUUUUUGUUUGCUUUGCAAAAGUAUCUGGUGGGUGGAGUAUUUAGUAAUCCUUAUUUCCUACCCUGGGUUUCAACUUCCUUUUGAAGCAAGAAUUUUGCUACACGAAUCACAACUUCUAGCCACAGAGAGCUGCACCCUGAGAGCUGUCUGCUGGCAAAUGUACUUCUGACGAUCCAGGCAUGAGGCCGCUGGCUGAGAUCCUUUGGUUUAUAGCAUGGACUGUGUGCGUGGCUCAAGAUUGCCAAGGACCUCCUCCAAAAAAACCUACAGAAAUCCUGUCUGGCUCCUGGCCUGACCAGGCCUACCCGGAAGGCAAGCAGGCCACCUACAAAUGCCGGCCCGGGUACAGAACUCUGGGCACAAUCAUGAUGGUGUGCAGGGGUGGAGAAUGGGUGUCUCUGAACCCAGCCAGGAUCUGCCGGAAGAAGCCCUGCAGACACCCGGGGGACACGCCCUUCGGCUCCUUCCAGCUCACAGUGGGGACUGAGUUCGAAUUCGGUGCCAGGGUGGUUUACACUUGUGAUGAGGGGUAUCAAAUGCUAGGUGAAAUUAAUUUCCGUGACUGUGAAGCUGAUGGGUGGACCAAUGAUAUUCCUACCUGUGAAAUUGUGAAAUGCUUGCCGCUCCCGCAGCCGGAGAACGGCCGAAUGGUGAGCAGCGCCAUGGAGCUGGACCAGGAGCACCACUUCGGAGACGUGGUUCAGUUCGAGUGCAGCCCUGGCUUCCGCAGGGAGGGCGCCCGCGAGCUGCACUGCACCCAGGACGGCCUCUGGAGCGGCCCGCCGCCCACCUGCCUGGAAAUAUCCUGCAACUUGCCAGAAAUUCAAAAUGGAUACCCUCUAUCCACUGGGAGAACUUUUAAGGAGAAUGAACGACUUCAGUAUAAAUGUAACUCGGGGUUUGAAUACGUGGAGAGAGGAGACACGGUGUGCACUGGAUCUGGCUGGACUCCACAGCCCUCCUGUGAAGAAAUGACUUGCAAACCUCCUUAUAUUCCAAAUGGUGUCUACUUCCCCCAAAGGAUUAAACACAGAACUGAAGACGAAAUCAGAUAUGAAUGCAAAGAUGGGUUUUACCCUGCCACGAAGGGCACCGUGGUGAAAUGCACGAGCACGGGGUGGGUGCCUGCUCCCAGGUGCAGCUUGAAACCUUGCGAUUUUCCAGACAUAAAACACGGCAAGCUAUAUCACGAAGACUACUAUAAGCCAUACUUUCCUGUGCCCAUAGAAAAAUAUUACAGAUAUUACUGUCACCACGGCUUCAUAACACCGUCAUACUCCCAUGAUGGGUAUAUUCAAUGCACGACAGAAGGAUGGAAUCCAGCAGUGCCAUGCGUCAAACGAUGUGAUUUUAAUUAUUUGCAAAAUGGCUACUAUCAUAGUUGGCAAGGAAUCUAUCAACAAGAUCAAUCUCUAAAAGUUAAAUGCUACCCUGGCUACAGUCUUCCCAAUGGAAAGGACAUAGUCACGUGCACGGAGAACGGCUGGGACCCCCCUCUCAAAUGCAUCAAAGUCAAAACGUGCUCAAAAUCAGAUAUAGAAAUCGAGAAUGGCUUUCUUUCCCAGUCAGAUUAUACAUAUGCUGUAAAUAAACAAACAGAAUACAAGUGCAAGUCAGGUUAUAUCACAGCGGACGGGAGACCAUCAGGAACGGUCACGUGUCUGCAGAGUGGCUGGUCAGCUCAACCCAAGUGCAUCAAAUCUUGUGAAAAGCCAGUGUUUGAGCAUGCCAGAUCCAAAAAUAAUGCCUCGUGGUUUAAACUCAAUGACAAGUUGGACUAUGUAUGUCAUAGUGGAUAUGAAAACAAAUAUAAAAAAGUCAAAGGUUCCAUCGUUUGUGAGCACCACGGCUGGUCCGAUACCCCUUCCUGCUAUGAAAGAGAAUGCAAAAUUCCCCAAAUGGACAAGUUGUUAAAUGCUGAGCCCAGAAAAGAAAAAUAUAAAGUUGGAGACGUGUUGAAAUUCUCCUGCCGGCUAGGACUUAAGAGAGUCGGGCCCGAUUCCGUGCAGUGCUACCACUUUGGGUGGUCCCCCAAGAUUCCAGUGUGUAAAGAUACUGUCCAGCCCUGUGGUCCUCCUCCCAAGCUCCUCAACGGGGAAGCGAAAGGACCCCUGAGAGACGAAUACGCACAUGGAGACCUGGUGGAAUAUACCUGCAACUCUAGGUUUCUCACGAAGGGACCGGAGAAGAUCCAAUGCGUGGAUGGAGAAUGGACAACCCUGCCAAUAUGCAUUGAGGAGAACAGAACGUGUGGCGACCUUCCUGAGCUGGACCAUGGCUACGUCCAGGCCCCAGAGCCUCCCUUCCACCACGGAGACUCGGCGGAGUUCCAGUGCAGAGAAGCCUUCACGCUGGUGGGGAAGACGACAGUCACGUGCGUGCGUGGAGUGUGGACCCGACUUCCUCAGUGCGUUGCAACAGACCAACUUAGGACAUGCAGAGCACCACCCAGGAUUGUUAUAUCUGAGGCAAAUCAAUCAGAAAAUCAGGAGUUUCCUCAUGACCACAUCCUAAAGUACAGCUGCCACGGGAAGCAAGAACAAACAGUCUGUAUGAAUGGAGCAUGGGAGCCUAAACCGAUCUGCACAAAGGAGGUGGAGCGCCCGCCCUGCCCGCCCCCUCCGCAGAUCCCCAACGCGCACGCCCUGGACACCACCGUCCAGUACCGCGACGGGGCCACGGUGGCCGUGCUCUGCCUGGACGCCUACCUGAGCCCGGGCGCGGGGGAGCUGCUGUGCCGCGCCGGGCGCUGGCAGGCCGUGCCGCGCUGCGUGGAGAAAAUCGGAUGCGCUCAGCCGCCACCCGGCAUCGACUACGGGGCCCCCCGAGGGGCUCCCCGCCCGCCCGCCCCCGCCCCCUCCGCAGACGGGGAGGAGCAGGAGCCAGCCCCCCAGCCCUACCCGCACGGCACCAAGGUCCACUACGACUGCGACGACGGCUUCCGGAUCUCCGGGGAGGAGGGGACCACGUGCCACAUGGGGAAGUGGAGCCCCCCGCCCCAGUGUGUGGGACUCCCUUGUGUGGCUCCACCUCCGAUUGAGAACGGUGUUGUGUCUCACCACGCAGACAGCUAUCAAUACCAAGAAGAAGUCACUUACGACUGCUAUGACGGCUUUGGAUUUGAUGGACCUUCGUUUAUUAAAUGCGUAGGAGGAAAAUGGUCUACCCCGCCCAGAUGCAUAAGAACGGACUGUUUCGACACACCCACAUUCGAUGUUGCCAUACUCGCAGAACGGAAGAAGGCCGUGUACAGGUCAGGGGAACAACUGACUUACAAAUGCCCACCAUUGUACCAGUUGAAUGGAUCCAAUACUGUCAUGUGUAUUAACGGCAAGUGGAUAGGAAAGCCGACAUGCAAAGAUAAUUCCUGUGUGAACCCACCGGAAGUGGGAAAUGCUACUAUGCUGUCCAGACAGAUGGAUAAAUACCUACCUGGGGACAGAGUGCGCUAUGAAUGUAACAAGCCCUUUGAGAUGUUUGGGGAAGUGGAAGUCAUGUGUCUGAACGGAACCUGGACAGAGGCUCCUCAGUGCAAAGAUUCCACGGGGAAGUGCCAGGCCCCUCCGCCCAUCGACAAUGGCGACAUCACCUCCUUCCCGCUCCCGGUGUACCCGCCCCUCGCCGAGGUGGAGUACCAGUGUCAGUCAUUGUAUCAGCUGCAGGGAAACAGGAAGAUCACCUGCAGAAACGGGGCGUGGUCCGAGCCGCCCAAGUGCUUGCAUGCAUGUGUAAUAUCAGAAGAAAUUAUGGAAAAGCAUAACCUAACACUCAGGUGGAAAGGAAGGCAAAAGCUUUAUUCUCAAACAGGAGACUACGUUGAAUUUGCAUGUAAAUAUGGAUUUCGUUCGUCAAAUCCAAACAAAAUGCGUGUGAUGUGUAAUGAUGGGUAUCUAGAUUAUCCUUCUUGCCAUAGAAAUUCCUAAAAGUAUGACUGCAGCCCGGUGCCGGUGGCUCACACCUGUCACAAAACCUACUCAGGAGGCUGAGAUGUGAAGACUGUGGUUCAAAGACAGCUGAACAGGAAAGUCUCUACGGCUCAGCUCUUCAA